UUUAGCAGUCUUUUAUAUUUUGAUAUAGUUAAUUAAUUAAAUAUAAACAAAGAUUACAAAAAUAAUUAACAAAAAACUUAUUCUAAAUUAUAAAUAGCUAAUCUCCUAGGCUACAUAGCAAUAAGCAUACAAACUCUAAAUAGUUCAUUAAAAAAAGUUUAGUUAUAGAUGACUUCAUACUAUGAAGGAAGAGAUCUCCUAAGAACAGAAGAUAUUUAUGGAUCUCAAUCAGCAACUGCGAUCAAGUAUAGAAACAUAGAUUAAGAGCAAUAUGUGCCUGUCGUCAUUAAAAAUGUUCCAGAAGUUUACCAGCGCUAAGCAGAUCUCCACAAAAGUAUUAGAAAUCCUCACUUCAAUGAUUAUAGAUAUGAUCUGAAUUAAUAACAUCCCUAAUUCAUACCCAACUCUCACUCCUCUUCAUAUAAGGACUCUCUUGACAACUUCAAGUAGGAAUAAGAAGCCAUUAAGACUUAAAUUCUUAAAAAUAACUCCCAAAUUAACUACGACAUGAUCAGAAUGUAAAAGAAUAAAAACACAUAUGAUAAACUGAACCCACCUUUUGCAAACCUACAUUCAGAAAUCAAUGAACGCUAAUAUUAAUACAAUAGUCUAAGAUCUCCUUUGAAUUAAUAACUCAAAAACAGCUAAAGCAACGGAUUUCUUUCAAACAAUAGCAGCGGAAACUUGAUAUAAUAUGCUAAUCAAAUAUAAGAUUAAUCUCCAUCUGAUAGAUAAAUUAAUGCUUAACAAAAAAUACUUGCUAACAGAUCUGCCUCAAUCCCUUUAUUAAAUAAAAAUGUUAAUUUAAGUGAAGUCAUCAACUCCUAAAGGAUAUUUAAGCCUGAGGAUUAAAGUCCUUUGAAUCUUUACUAAAUGAACUAGCAGUAAUAAAUCUAUCAGCAACAAUAAGUCGGCUCUCCAAGUUAAGUUAACAAUUAAGUCUAUCAAAACAACAUUCAACAUCAAUAACAAAUACUUAACCAGCCUAAAAAUAACUUUUAAGACUAUGUCUUAAAUGAUUAAGUCUCACCUUAAAAUCACUAAUAGCAAAUUCAAUAAUAACAGCAACAACAUCAACAUUAACAACAAUAACAAUUUAUGUAAUAAAAUAUCUAGCCUUAAUAAAAUGUUCAAAUCUAAGAUCAAAUGCAAUAAAGCGAUUAUUAGAGCCCAGAAAAGGUGGUUCAAUCUUCUACAAUAUCAAACAAAAAGACUUAUAAGCCAUAUAACAUCAUUAUACACAAUAGAUACAUUCCUUACACUCCAAAGUUUGAUUUACCUGAAAUUAAAUGGGAUAAAUACGACAGAUAAAUGUUUAAAAACUUUGAUCAGAAAGCUAUGCCUCCUGUUGAAAUAAUCAGAACUAAAAACGAAAAAAUGAACUCAUUCCCUGACUAUACUACUUGGAACUAAAAAUAUGGAGACGCGAAAUGA